AUGCCAAAGAGUAUGCGAAAGAGCAUAACGGUUGUGGCACAUGAUCUGUGUGGUCAUUUAUCAGUAGAGAAGACAGUGAGCCAAAUCUUGCAAGAUUAUUGGUUCUCAAAGUUGAGAAGAUAUGUGCGAAGACAUGUGAAGAUGUGCAUAGAAUGUUUAAUGUCUAAGAAACCAAGAGGAAAACAACCAGGACCACUACAUCCUAUUCCAGUGGGAAGACGUCCAUUCGAUACGGUUCACAUGGAUCAUAUAGGACCAUUUGUGACUACUCCAACAGGAAAUAAGUAUAUACUAGUCAUUGUUGACAAUCUCACAAAGUUUACAUGUUUGUUUGCAGCAAAAGACACAAGUACUAAUGGUACGAUCGACAACUUGACAACGUUAGUGCAAAUGUUUGGACUGCCCAACCGUUUGGUCACUGACAGAGGAACAUGCUUUACGGCCAGAAAGUUUGAAGAGUUCUGCGAAGAGAAAGGGGUACACCAUACGUUAACCUCAACGCGAAGACCACAAGCAAACGGGCAAGUAGAACGUACAAAUAGUAUUGUGCUAUCUAUGUUGGUGACGCAGGUUACGAAAGAAGAUGAAUGGGACCAGUGGCUGCCAGUAGUACAGAUGCAGAUCAAUAACAGUGAGAGCAAGGUAACUCAGAGGACGCCAUUCGAACUGUUACAUGGGUACCGACCUCGGUUUAGAAUGGGGAAGACAAGAGAACUAUCAGAAACAGUAGACACUUGGACGUGUCCAAUUGAACUGUGGGAGGAGGCCAGGGAAGCUUCUGAGAGGUCAAAAGCAAAGAUGAAAGAAGACUAUGAUUUGCACCGACACAACAACACUAAGUAUACGGUUGGAGAAAUUGUUGUGAUGACGACAGUGCCUACUCAUACAGGGCAAUCAACCAAAUUGCAAAAUAAAUACAGGGGACCACUGACAAUCACAGAAGUAUUGCCAGGAGAUGUCUAUCGAGUUGCUCAACUACAAGAAGAUCAGAAAAGACUGUUUACAACAACAGCACAUGUAUCUCAGCUCAAAUCCUGGAGGUUGGAGGAUGAACCAGACGAAGCGAGUGAUACCAGCGAGGAAGAAGGACGAGGGCCAAAUGGUGCGACUAGUUGUGAAGAUGAUGCUGAUCCACCACCUGCAGAACACCAGAAGAAUGGCAAAGAGGUCAGGAAAUCGGACAGGGUCAGGAAGAAGCCUACAAGACUAGACGAUUAUGUCUAA